AUGGUCAUGCCCCACGCGUCCUUCGUGACGUAUCAGAGCCCGCUGUUCCCGUUCCGCUCGCCGUCGGUCGCCGAUCCGCUCCCCACCUUCGCCUCGCUGUCUCCCCCCACCUUUCGGCUGCCCAGUCUCGCCAUGAUGCACCAGGAGGAGGACACCAACGCCGCCGCCAAGAACGCGAGCAGCGCCGCCAACCAGGACGCGGCCCACAAGGCCGCGCUGUCCUUCAUCCUGUCGUCGUCCGACUCGGACUCGGAGUCGGACGAGCCCAAGUCAAAGCCCCGCAAGCGCGACUCGGUCAGCGUGCCCACCAUUGCCAAGCGCCGACGCAGCGUCACAGGCGUGGCUGUACCCGCAGCCGCAGCCAAGCCAGCGCCGGCCAAGAAGGGCAGCAAGUUCUGCACUGUCGAGGGCUGCACGAGCCGUGCCAAGCACGCCAAGCGCUGCUGGAAGCACGGCGGCUGGGUGCGCUGCAAGGUGCCCGAGUGCAACAACCGCGCCAAGUCCAAGGGCGUGUGCUGGUCACACGGCGGCGGCACCGUGUGCUCCUUCGAGAGCUGCGACACCAUUGCGGUGUCGAACGGCUUCUGCUGGGCGCACGGCGGCGGCAAGCGCUGCCAGGUGCCCAACUGCUCCAAGCCGGCCUAUGAGCGCACGCAGAACUACUGCCAGGCGCAUUAUCAAGAGUUGGGCGUCGCCGCCGAGUCCAAGACCAGUUGA